AUGGGGCUCCAGUGGCGGAGGGCAGACAGACGCCGGAGACGGCCGCCGCGCGUCGUCGCCGCCGCCGCGCACGUCGUGCUCGGUCCCGACGGGGAGCAGCGGACGGAGCCGUGCCCGCGCGGGACCCUGCUUGACCACAGCCGGCGGCACCGUACCGCGUUCACUCGGGAGCAGCUGUCCCGGCUGGAGCAGGAGUACGGCAAGGAGAGCUACGUGUCCAGGCCCCGGCGCUGCGAGCUGGCCACGACUCUCAACCUUCCAGAGACGACCAUAAAGGUGUGGUUCCAGAACAGGAGGAUGAAGGACAAACGGCAGAGACACUCCUUGCCGUGGCCUCACCAUCUCGUUGACCCCCUGGGGGCGCUCCUGAUGGGCCGCGCCUCCCCUUGCUCCGCCUUGCCGUACCCCUUCAUCCCGCCCCACCUCCCACUGCACCACCACUACCCCUUGGCUCUCUCUUCACCAGCGUCCUCGGCUCACAGCCGCUACAGCUCGCCCAUGAGGACCCUGGACGCACUCCGCCUCUCCCAGUACCACAACAGACCCGGGGGGCUGCCUCCGACCACCGGAGCCCUCUACCCCUCCACCAGCAUCUUGCACCAUCCCGCCUCAUGUCCCUGCCCCCUCUGCCUGCACUGGGGACCAGAGCAACUGCUGAAAGCCAGAGGGGAGGCGUUGGGACUGAGCCAGCCCCGAAGUCCCAAGGCCAACAUACAGCCUGCAGGCCUGGAGCGGAGAGAAGAGAUGGUGUGA